ACUUCACACCGACGUCACCCUCUCCUCCAGAACUCAUCACCGGAGCCACCCUCACCUCGUCACGCCCUCCUCCGCUAAGUGCAGCAAGUGUUGAUCAGUCCAGUUAGCACACUCUCCUUCAAAUCUAGAGUCACUUCUUCAAAGUGGGUGGGAGGGAGAUGGUGCUGAGGCGGGCGGCAACCGAAUGUCCUAAGAAGGUUGUGGGGCUGAAGGAUUUGGUGAACCUGCCGACCCAGCUGUGAGAGUUCACCGGAGGCCGGUCCAAAAUGUCACAUAUCUCCUUCCUCCGUGUCUGCUCGUACAUCAAGGACAACAAACUUCAGGACCCAACGAAUAAUAACAUUCUGAAGUGUGAUGAGAAGCUGAAGACCAUAUUAUUGGGCAGGUCCAAAGCGACACCGUCUGAACUCCCAAUGAUUGUACAUUGCUUGGCGGUUGCCGAUUGUUUUCCCCCUUUGGUGCCAGCUUCCCAGCAAAACUUCAACCUUUGGAUCUCAUUCUUCACGUAGAAAUCGGCAUCUGCCCCACAAUAUUUUUUUCCGUUAUCUUGCGAAAUUCUAUGGUUGUGGUCAUGUGUUUGCAGGUGAACCUCAAGGAAUGUUCAUUGCUACUAGAAUUACAAAUCCAUUUGAGAUA